GCCACGAGGAACUGCCACGGAAACUUCGGUGGGCAACCACGAGCUCAUCCGACCGCUCCAGCCCGGAGACCAGAGCUCAAUGAUUGCCGCACCUAUCCGCCGACGCACCCGCCGGGACGAAGACGCCGAGGCCCUCGAGCAAGCGCUCAACGAGUCGCUGCAGCCCGACUUUCUCGCCCAGAUCGUGCACGCGGAGAACGAGUUGCGCCAUCUCAACCUCGCCGCCCGUGCCCGCGCCAGUGCUAGCACCGAGGUUUCAUCGUCCACGCCAGCAGCGAUCGACGACGACGACGACGAUGACGUCGACGCGCCGGAAGACGUCGCCGCCGCCGCCCUCGAGCCCGCCAACCUCGAAGAUUUGAACGCCGACGUGCUUUGCUGCCACAUGCCCGAGCGCAUGCUCAUGCUCGUGCUCGAGUUCCUCGACGAAGACACGAUCGGCAACUUUAGCAACACGUGCCACCACUUUCACCGCGCUGCCUCGAACGAGUACAUCUACGAGAUGAUGUGUCGGCGCGUCUUCACGAUGCAGAGCCGCGGGCGGGCCGUCAAGCUCGGCAAGUUUUCAUCGUGGGCACACAUGUUUCGCGGCCGGCCCCGCGUCAAGUACCACGGCUUUUACGCGCUGCGCAUCUCGUACUACAAGGAGCCGGAAUGGAACAUGUGGACCGAUUUGCCCAAAAAUGCGAUUCUGCUGGCCAUUUACUAUCGCUAUUUCAACUUUCGAAAUGACGGCACGUUCCUAUAUGCGAUGACGCACCGCCACCCGCGCGAGACCGCAGAACUCAUGCGCCACCGCGACAAGGAGACCAUCUUUGUGGGCAACUACUACUUGGCCCGCGGACAAGUGCACGCGGUCGUGCCAAUGCGCCACGGCACGCUCGAGUUCAUCUUCCGCAUGGCGUCGAGGUGGCGCGCGCCCAACACGCAAUUGGUGAUGCUGUCGCACGCGUUGUACCAGCCGUCGGACGUGGGCUUGCAGCGCCCACACUAUUUUGACGUGAACGAAGAAGCCUUCAACUUCCGGCGCUUCUGGCACCUCUAGCCUCGGUCGACGGCGCUUCGUGUAGGUAGCCUUAUCUUGUAGCCAUCUUGCCGCUUGUCCCAUCAUCGAUCACAUGCGAUGAGCAAAUGGUCUUCUCCGACGUCACUCGGUGCUUCCAUGCGUUGCGACAGCGGUCUUUUGCGGUUCGACUUUUGAGAAUACAAGAGGUAUAGAUUAACACGCGCGAUGCAAAGAAGUGGCUACAUGAGGCGGCAGCUGUUGCCGCAGCCGC